GAGUUAAAAAUAAAAACAACGCUUCCCAGCAUCCAGUGCGCUGCGCCGAGUCUUCCGCAUCUGAACCUCUUAUCAGUCAGUUGGUCAGUCAGUUAUUGGCAGUCGUUUCAAUCGCCAGGAUGUCCAAGCUGCUGCUAGCAUGGUGCGCGGUUUUUGGGAUGCUGUGUGCGGGUGCCGUAGGCGAUCAUCUGUACAUCUGCCAGCAUCGGUUCAGCGUCAAAGAGGGAUUCUACGUGUACGAUACGGACUGUAGCAACUACGAUGAUCAAGCGCUGGCAAAGGCGAAUUUUAACGAGGAUCGUGAACUCUGGAUUCGCAAUGGUACGAUAGAGGAUGUGCGGCAGCUGUUGAACGGCAGUUUGUAUGACAUAACGAACUUGAAGAUUACGAACUUUGCCCAGGAGGGAAGCACGGCGAUCCCGGUGUUUCCGAUCGAUUCGAUGCGGUUUUCGAUACUGGAUUUGUCGAACGAUGGCAUUGAGCGGUUGGAGAUUACGGAGGACGAUCAUCGGUUGACGCAUCUGGAUGUGAGGAAAAACAAGUUGACGGAUAUUGGGAAUGUGAAGCAUCUGAUUAAGUUGGAAUCACUGAAGGUGGAUAACAAUGCCAUCGAAAGCGUAUCGCUGGAUGACUUUAAGCAUUUGUGGGACUUGUUGGUGCUUUCUUUGGCUGUUAACCGAAUAACGAGUAUAACGGCAACGGAGGAAAUCUCUUUGCUGAAGUUGAGAUCGAUCGAUAUCUCGGACAACCAGCUGACGACCCUGGAUGUAUCCAUGUGGAGGUUUCCUCAAGUUAGUACCUUCUACAUGCACGAUAACUCCCUCACCAGAAUUGACGGCCUCCGUGGGAAGUUCUCCAAGACGUGGGACAUUUCGAUGGGCGGGCGGAACAACUGGGACUGUGCGUGGUUCGAUCGAUUGCUGGAGUUUUUGAAAAAGGAUCGCCAAUUCGCCAUGCAAAUGUUCGGUGACAAACCAUCUUGUCCGGAUGAAACGCGAAUGGAAGGCUUCGUUUGCUGUAACAAUACCACCAACGUCAUUAGCCCGUAAUAAACCACCAUCAUCAUCACUAUCACUAUCAAUAAAACUGAAACUUCUCGCUGAAAGA